AAACAGAAUGGAUUACUUGAAGGCAGUAAUCAAAGAGACUCUUCGCUUACAUCCCCCACUUCCGCUACUAGUUCCUCGAGUAUCAACCCAAGAUGUUAAUAUAAAGGUCUAUGACAUAGAAGAACGAACACUGGUAAUUGUAAAUGCUUGGGCAAUUGGAAGAGACCCAGUCCAUUGGAAUGAACCUGAGGAGUUUCGACCAGAGAGAUUCUUAAACAAUCCUAUAGAUUUCAAAGGGAAUGACUUUCAAUACACACCAUUCGGAGAUGGCCGGAGGGGUUGUCCUGGAAUGGCAUUUGCAAUGGCUAUGAAUGAGAUUAUCUUAGUCAACCUAGUCCACAAGUUUGAUUGGUCAUUGCCUGGUGGAACAACAGGGGAGGAUUUGGAUAUGACUGAGACUACAGGCAUUGCCAUCAAUAGAAAAGUUCCUCUCCCCGCUGCUGAUACGUUUGCAGCUGGUACUGACACUACAAACACAGUCCUGGAGUGGGCAAUGACAGAACUCUUAAGGCACCCAAAGAUUGUGAAAGAACCGCAAAAACAGGCUGUGAGCAAAGAGACUCUACGUUUGCAUCCUCCAGUUGCAUUGCUAGUUCCAAGAAUAUCUACUAAAAAUGUCAAGAUUAAGGGCUCUGACAUUGAAGGAGGAACUCAAGUUAUUAUCAAUGCUUGGGCAAUUGGAAGAGACACCAAGUCGUGGGAUAAACCAGAAGAAUAUCUUCCAGACAGGUUCUUGGAACAUUCCAUAGAUUUCAAAGGCCAUCAUUUGCAAUUGAUUCCAUUUGGUUCUGGAAGGACGUCUUGUCCGGUCAUCCUAUUUGCAAUGAAAAUAAAUGAACUCUCCGCAAAUCUUGUGCACAAGUUUGAUUGGUCACUGCCUGGUGGAGCGAAUGAGAAGGAUUUGGACAUGAGUGAAACCUUUAGCAUUACCACACACAGAAAAUUAAUCUCCUCUAGAUUAUCCUACUUGUUGUCAACAAUAAAGGAUGAGAACCACAAGACUUUGAUAUCUCAAAAUAUCGUCACACGUUUUUGGACGAAAGAUUACGAAAUUAAAUCAACCAAUAAUAUUGGAGGGUCAAAAGCACUGAAAUGA